CCCUCUAUUUAAUUCAUCGCAUAGGGGUCUCGUAGUUGUUGUGUACUAUACAGCAGUCAACUGCGCACGGUUCAUGCACUCAUCACAUAGAUAUAUAUAAUUUAAUGAGAUCUACGUCAUGUUACCGAGCGGUGCAUGCGUUCGUGCGCGCCCCACACUACCGCACCAUUCCCGCGACAGGCAAUGAUGGCGUUGUCGUCAACCGGGAUAUGCUCAUCCGUCACUUUCGCGAUUUUUACCGAACCCUCCAACACUCCACCCUAGUGGACAAAGUGCAUCUUAUGUCAGAGCGCCCUAAUAUCGAGAGCCUGCGCGUGGCCGAUGUGAUGGCCUGUGUGGGGCCCACGUUCUUGGGCAUGCCUCUGUAUGGAAUGGAGCACCGGGCAACCGAGUUCAUGGAAACCAUUCCCUACGUGCGCGGUGCAGGUGGUCCUACCAGCGCGGCGACCUACCUCCAAGACAACGAAAACUGUCGCUGCCAUAGCGGGGAUAUCGUGUGCUUGCCCACAGGCAUCGCGGUAGGGCAUGGGCCCCGCACCAACGCCGUGGCACAUCAAAUUAUUAAAGACCUUUUCGAGGUGAAGGACGAUCCCCAUACCCACUUUGACGUCUUCGCGCUCGAACAGGAAGGUGACGCGCCGCCGCUUGGGGAUUACUUCGGUUUCGCCGGCAAUAACGUGCUUCUGGCCUGGAAGGAUGAACACGGACUCCUGGCGGUCGACCAGUACCAACAGCAGCAUGCGAACAAUGGUUCGGCAGACGCGAUGCAAAUCGCUUACUUGGAGUCUGGUUGUCAUUUCUUUAGCUUCUACGGUGUUGAUUACUCGCCAGACGUCAUGAUACAGAAAGGUUAUGAGCAAUCGAUGGAGAGCAUUGCCGCAAUAGGUUUGAACCCCAUUCCUGUGCAGUGGUCAGAAAUGGCUAAGCUUGGGAUCUCGAUGCGCGCUGCGGUGCUGCCGCUGAAGUUUCUCCAGCCCAAUGCGCCUGGUAUGAUGGAUCGAAGUAGGACACAAGGAGGCCGGUGGCAGUCAUAUCAAAUAACUUAAUGCCGUAUCAGGUGCACCAUCAUCAUAAACGAUGUGUGGAGAAAAAAAGAGAAUUGACAGUGUCGAACACGAAAUAUAGUAACCAUAAAAAAAUGAGCAGCAA